GGAUGCAGUUGGGUGGUUGGAGAGCGGGUAGACGAAGAGAUCACUGGAUCCACUUUAUUAUCCCUUCUGCCCCUCAUCUUCUCCGGUGGUCGGAAAACGAUGUGCUCAUUGGAGAAGCGAGGAAGCAUCUUCAUCCUCACAUUAACCGGCAACGAUGAGCACCGAUUACACCCAACCCUCAUCGACUCCAUCACGUCCGCCGUCCGCCGCGUCCGCUCCGAAUCGACGGGGGCCUCCGCUCUGAUCACCACCGCGCAAGGGAAGUUCUUCUGCAACGGAUACGAUCUGAAAUGGGCUUCGGAGGACAUAGAGAACCGCGGUAAGAUCAUGUCAUCGAAGCUCCGCCUCCUCGUCUCCGACCUAAUCAGUCUCCCCAUGCCCACGAUCGCCGCCGUCACCGGCCACGCAUCCGCGGCCGGAUUCAUACUCGCGCUCUGCCACGACUACAUCCUGAUGAGACGGGAUCGAGGGGUUCUCUACAUGAGCGAGCUCGAUAUUGGCUUCAAGCUUCCGGCCUGGUUCGUUGCCGUAAUCAGAUGUAAAAUUGGGUCGCCGGCGGCCAGGCGCAGUGUAGCUCUGACAGCGGCGAAGCUCAACGCAGAUGUGGCGGUUGAGAAUGGAAUCGUUGACUCAGCGCACAACAGCGCGGAGGAGACUGUAACAGCUGCUCUAAAUUUAGGGGAAGAAUUAAGGAGAAGAAAUUGGGAUGGAAAUACGUAUGGUGAUAUCAGGAAAACUAUGUUUGCUGAAGUAUUGGAUUCUCUCGGCUCUGAUGAGACUGUCGGAGACUAUGGCGAAAAGGAAGCCGAGAAGACUGUAUCCCGGCUCUGAGUUAGACCCGUGGUGAACUGCAACCGAAGCCUAUACCGUAGCAUAGAAUCUGAUAUUUUUAUUCCCAAAAUGACUAAUUACUGCCAUGUUUUGGCAGUACCAGACUUCAAACACGGCAGUAUUUUCCAAUCUUCACAAUAAUUACUCCUAUUUUGGGAAUAAAAAACACGACAGUCCUAUUUUGGAAUUUUCAAACUGUUUUAGUCUUAUUUCGGGAACUUUCCCUUAAAUGAAACGAGUAUUAGUAUUAAAUCGAUGUAUUGACAGCACAAUUGAGUAUUUGAAGUAAGCAUUUGAGUGUCAUCAUCAAUACGUACUUCUUUCGUCCUUUAAAACUUUGC